CCCCCGGUUAUUGUGAGGCGAGUAGGAGACAGUGCGGAUGUUCCAGACUGUCAGUGGCGGAGCAUUACCAUUCAGCACCACGGUCAGGGCUACACUCACCCGGGCGGAGGGAUUUCAGAACCGCGGAGAGCGGUAGCGCUACCCGUAUCCCGGCCGUUGCUGCUGUGUCAGUGUCCUGCCGCGGACGGAGCUUCGGUACCGGGAAAGCCAUUUCAGAUUUGAUUCGGCACCGCGGGACUAGGUGUGGGAUUUCCCAGGACACAGACAAAGCCUCGCAAUUCAACCGCGGAAGCUGAGCGACCAGAGGCAGAUACCGAAUAUCAGCUCGAAUAGAAAGUAUCGCUGAGAGGCGAAAUUAGCUGGAUACAAAGUAUCCCAAUCCAUUCUGAGACGGGAGGAGGGGAGGGUGUCUGCUUCUUAGCAAGCCCUGUGUGUGCCGGAGCUGCUCCCAUCUGCACAAACAUGGCAACCGAGAUGCACAACCUGCAAGAGCUGAGGAGGAGCGCUUCUCUGGCCACAAAAGUCUUUAUACAAAGGGAUUACAGUGAUGGAACCAUGUGUCAGUUCCAGACAAAGUUCCCAACAGAACUAGAAAGCCGGAUUGAGAAGCAGCUAUUUGAGGAAACAGUGAAAACCCUGAAUAUGUAUUACAUUGAAGCAGAGAAGAUUGGGGGCAGCUCGUACCUGGAGGGCUGCUUGGCCUGUGUGACGGCCUACUUUAUAUUCUUCUGCAUGGAAACUCACUAUGAAAAGGUGCUGAAGAAGAUCUCUAAAUACAUCCAAGAACAGAAUGAGAAGAUUUACGCCCCCAGGGGCCUUCUAAUUACGGAUCCUGUGGAGCGUGGGAUGCGAGUUAUUGAGAUCUCAGUUUAUGAGGACCGGUGUAGCAGCGGCAGUAGCAGCAGUGGCAGUUCCAGCAGCACAAGCAGCGGUGGCGGCGGAGGGGCGGCCAGUCGUGCCCGAUGACUGGCAGAGAGUCCCUGUGGGGACCUGUACUGCCGAGAUGAUGGCCUUUCUGAAAUCCGAAGACUCAGAUAUCAGAGUACUAGGUUUUAAGGCAAAGCUAAAUGACUUCUUUUUUAAGGAACUGAGAAACUUUCACAGCAAUUUGGCCUGAAAGAAAGUGUGAUGUAAAGAUAUGGAUCUAGAAAUGAGUGCACAGACCUAUUAAGCAACAGGAUCAUAUAAAAGAAACUCUGAAGAAUGAUAUGGCUUCCAUGGUUAUUAUUUGUAUCUAUACGGAAGGUCAUUGUAACAAGGCGCAGUUCCUCGCUCCCAAUUCUUCCAGAGCCCAAAGUGUACAAAUGAAACAUAGUUGCCUCCAUCCCAGGUACUGUAUGUUUAAUAGUCACCGUCAUGGGCUUUUCUCUAUAUUGGAAUUCUAUUGACUUUCUUUGUCCCCUCUUUAUUGGGAACAAAAUAAAGCUGGCAAAAGUAUAUCAUUUGUGAUAUAGUUACUCUCCAGAAACCCCAUAUCCAGUAAGCUUCAAAGUACAGCAGUGCCAUUUCUCAUGUUUUUCAUAUUGAAAGGGGCACUAAAGGACAAAAAUAUAUCAAGACUCUUGGGCAAAAAUUUAAUAUUUUUCUAAUGAAUUAUCAUAAUUUAUUGGUUUUAGUUUCUUUGUUUUGACUGCCUAGUCACUGUAAAUCACCCUAUACAGGGCAGGCUUAGGGCUGGGGGCGCCAAGGUAAGUUCUCUCAAACCCACCCACUCUUCUCCUGUCCUCUUAACACCCAAAGCCUAGGAGUGCAGACUUUAGAUGGGCAGAAACUAGGGGAAUGACAGGCAAAAGAAGUAAGUGCCCAGCGCCCCCCCCCCACACUGUUGCACCCAAGGCACAUGACUCUUAUUCCUACCCCUAGCCUUUUUUUAACAACACCAAAGUGUAUUUAAUGGUUGAAAAACUCAAUAAAUAAUAAAUACCAAUAAAUACACAGUGGUGCUGAUUACAAGACCUCCAGAGUGCUGUAUAUAAUGUGUAUACCUAUAAAUCUGCAGUAUUUCAAUAUAAAUAUACAGUUUAUAAAUGUGUGUGUGUAUUUGGGGGGUUGUAAAGUAUAAAAAAACAGCUUUUACUUUGCUAUGUUUAUUGCAACAUUAACAGUUUUGUUAUAUAACACAAUGACAAUGAACCUCAGAUUUUAUUGCCUUAAUCCUGUAAAUGAGAGAAAUAAUGCAAGGAUUGUAAAUAACACAAUAAAAGGAGAAUGUCAUUAUGCCGCAGGCAGCAGAACAACACAAAGAGCAGAAUGUGAAACCCAUUUCUUUCAGUAGCUUUUGUUUUAGGUUGAAAUGAAACAUGAGGUUAUUAGAUAUCAGAUUAAGAAUACAGUAAAUAAGAUUUAUUUAUCAGCUCACAGAUUCUAAAUUGCACAUUGUUCCUAAGUUAAACCAUUAAGUUUAAUUUAUUAUGUUCUAAUUUAUCAAGAGCAACUGUAGUGUUCUUUUAAUAUUAACUGGGCAAAUAAAGCCCAAUUGUGCUAUUCUGUUUUUUGAUGGUAUUUGCAAUGCCCUGUGCAAAGAACAUUGUGGCCCCUUAGAUGCCACCCAAUCGUCUUCUGGCUUAUUGCAUUGGAAAACACCCCCUACAAUACAGUGCCGGUCCCUAGAUUGCAUGCGCGGUGCCCAUCUGGGUAUGUGCCAGGGCGGGAGCCUGGAAUGUAGUAAGGGACAGAAUCCUAGUAACUCGCUAUGGGACAUGGUUGACCUAGUGUACAGAUGCAUUUAGACUUUUCCCACAUUUGAUGUCUUCCCCAGAACUCAAAGCUAGUGUUGGGUAUUCCAGCUGAGCAAUUUCACUUUAACUUUCACCCUCCAUAACUGGAACAAACCAACCAGGUCUCAAUGGAACUGAGAACUCAUUGUUCACUCAUAAAACCAAAUAAAGACACUGUGGGCUCUCUAUCACUUUCAUAUUAUAUGUAAACAUAAUGUGGAGGUACCUGCUUAAUUAACUCAAGAAUAAUACCUCUCGGGUAGCACAAUUAAUUACAUUUGUAUCUGUAAUUUAUUGAAGAGACCCCUUCAGUGCACUAUGGUGUUCCCCUGGAAACUGAUUGUUGUCCUGCUGCUUUGUUAAUAUACCUGAACCAUUAAUAUACCUGAACACAUUGCUAUUUGCAACAGUAAUGUUAAUUACAGAUUCUCCACUAAGAACCCAUCCUCCCAGCGCUAUGUCAGCCAACAGGAUAGGGAUUUGCUGUGCUAUUUUUGCUGUCUUAUAUUACACCGUAUCUAACACCAGGACGGCGGACUGUUUGGGUGCUGUUUAGGUGUUGGC